AUGAAGCGCCAGUUUGUUAAUCUGGUUCUGGAAACCUGCAAGAGUCGCUCCUACACGGUGCGCUGCAUCAAAUCUUCAAGUCUCUUCCAACCAAAGAAGCAGAACGGAUGCCCACUGUCGCUUCUAAAGCUGGAAGAAGCCGAGCUGCCCAAAUCUGCAUUUUCGCUUGGUGUUUCCACUCCCAUGCAAGUUAAUUGGGACAUGCAGUUCAUGCCCUUUGGUUACAACAGGGACAAGAUACUCAGCACAGACCAGCAAGGAAACGUCCUGGUUUACGACACCUGCCAGAACCAGAUCUGCAGCAUGCCUAAGCUCAGGGGAUUGAUGGAGAACUCUUUUCCGAUUAACCUAGGUGAUGCCCUAUACCUCAUCGAGAGGCGACCUGACAAGCCUCAUAAGAUUCUUCCCUAUCAACCCUGCUUCCAAGCUCUUAUCAACGGCAAAUCUCCUGCUGGUCCUGUUGUUGAUUAUCCCGGAUGGCACUGGCACACUCUUCCACCGCCACCAUAUGUGGAGGCUCCUGGGUACAAGCCUAGCUGCACCUACAAAAUUCGCUCCUGCACGGUGGUCCGCAACAAAAUCUGGAUAUCUGCCAGUGGCAUUGGCACCUACUCCUUCAACACGGACAGCCACGAGUGGAGCUAUGUUGGCAGCUGGGAGCUCCCAUUCCGUGGCCCUGCUGAGUUUGUGCCUGAGCUGGGCCGCUGGCUUGGAUUCUCCACCGUGCGAGAGAACCAGUACGUGUGUGCUUCAGACCUCUCGACUGCUGAGGAUGGUGCAGUACCCGCCCUGUGUUGCGAAUGGAAACAAGAGCUUGAUGCUAACCCUGACAAGUGGCAGGUGGUGACCUCCUACCUUGUGCGCGUGGACUAUGGCAGGUUCUGCGUUGCCAGGCUAUACGACGUCUAUGAUGACGACGAGCCUGCUUUGGUAAGGGAGAAUUUUGCUGUGUUGACGGGGUUGGAGGCGGGGCUUAGUGACAUUGCUGAUGGUGGGAUCCAGAUGGUCAAGCACAAAUCCAUACGCCUCAACUUUGAUUGCCAUCAGCGGCUCCACUUGGUAUCUUAG